AUGGCGCAUUUCCAGGGUCAGCAGCACGGCCACCCGACCACCCGCCUCGACGAGUACGGCAACCCUGUGACGGCCGGCCACGGCGAGGGCCUGGGUCAUCUCCAGGGCCAGCAGCACGGCCAUGCAACCACCGGCCGCCUCGACGAGUACGGCAACCCCGUGAUGGCGGGCCACGGCACAACCGGUACAGGUGCCCACGGUGCUGGGCAGGCUGGGUACGGUUCGACCGGCACUGGCAGCUACGAGACCGCCGGCCACGGGCGGCAGGUGGGGUACGGUGCCACUGGCACGGGAACCCACGACGCUGGGGGCUAUGGAGGAGCUGGCCAGGCAGCUGGGUACGGCGCCACUGGCACUGGGAUUCACGAUGCCGGCGGUUUGGGCACGGGGCGUAGGGCUGGGCACGACGCCGGCGGUUUUGGAACCACGGAGCACACAGCCGGGUAUGGCGCUACCGGCACCCAUGGCACAGGCCAGACGACUGGGUACGGCACCGGCGACGGUACCGGAAUCACGGGCACCCAUGGCACAGGCCACACAACUGGGCACGGCACCGGCACUGGCCACGGCACCGGAAUCACGGGGACCCAUGGCACAGGCCACACUGCUGGGUACGGCACUGGCACCGGAAUCACCGGGACCCAUGGCACAGGCCACACCGCUGGCUACGGCACCGGCACUGGCACCGGAAUCACUGGAACCCAUGGCACGGGGCACACGGCUGGGUAUGGCGCCACCGGCACCGGAAUUACCGGAACCCAUGGCGCAGUUGGCACGCACCCUCAUGGUGGGCUAGCCGAGCACAAGACCAGCGGCACAGGCGGCAUUCUCCACCGCUCUGGCAGCUCCAGCUCGUCGUCGUCGUCUGAAGAUGACGGGAUGGGCGGCAGGAGGAAGAAAGGCAUGAAGGAGAAGAUCAAGGAGAAGAUGCCCGGCGGUCACAAGGACCAGACCACUGCUACCGGCGGCUAUGGGCCGGGGUAUACAGGAACCACUGGCACCGGCGGGACCCAUGGGUACACCGAGGGAACACACGAGAAGAAGGGCGUCAUGGAGAAGAUCAAGGAGAAGCUCCCUGGCGGCCACAAGGACGACCACCCACAAACCACGGCUACCGGCGGCUAUGGACAUGGUACCACUACUGGCACCACCGGGACGUACGGCACGACUGAGGGGACGCACGAGAAGAAGGGCAUGAUGGAGAAGAUCAAGGAGAAGCUCCCCGGCGGCCACCACUGA